AUGGGCUUCCAGCACCAAUACUGGAGUUCCACGGACACCCUCGACUUGCAACGCAUCGGCGGCUUGACCAAGGUGUCGUCGACGCCGACUCCGUGGCUCGCAACGCUCGUCUCGUCGGGCGAAGUCGGGUGGUUUGUCUACAUUCUCAACGACGUGUUUUCGCUCUUCACGGGUGAUGCGACCGCGUCCUACGGGUGGAAACAUCCGGCUAUGGUGUGGGGCAUCGCCGCCGUGUGGGGACUCGCCAGUCCCGUGCGGUACUGCGCGACUCUCGACCGCUUGUGCACCGUCCAAAGCGUCGACUUUGCCGCGACGUGUACGAGCGCGACGAUUCAAAUCGGCCGGUUCAGUCGGUUCUGUGGCCUUCUCGGCAUCUCGGUUGUGUGCGGCGGCGUGUGCUUUGCGUUCGAUCGGUACACACUGCACAUGACAACCACGACACAUUCCGUCAAUAGUGCCGACAAGACACGGCCCACAACACCCGGGUCCAAGUUUUUGUCGGCGUCGGCGCACUAUAUGUUCGAGUCGGGGCAGUGGCGGGUGAACGGAUUGUACUUCUUGGACCGGGCGUCCGCCGUCAUCACUGGCCUCGUGUGUGUGCAAGUUGGCCACAAACUGUACGUUGUGGAUGUCAAGAAAUGGCGAGCAUUUGCCUUGGACAUGACUGGCUUUCGACAAGACGUGGACGCGAUGCUGUCCAAGCACUUGUUUGCGCGAGCUAUUCCGCUCGUCGAAUGAUAACUUGACGGUGAUGCCACGCACCAAAGACAUUUGUAGUCGAAACUGUAGUUUAGUUGCCGCUAAGGUAGUGCACAAAAGGAAAUAUGGACAACGCUUCACGAGUAUAGUACGCAUACGAAGAGCCACAAAGUACUCGGCAGUACUUGUACUAAUGCAAUAAUAUAGCGAUGUUUGCGGCGA